AUGCCACAUAUCUCGGAAGAAUUGGCACGCAAGCUGCGUGCGGCUGGCCAAGGCCAUGUGCUCAAGUUCGAUGACGCUGGCCAACUUUCGGCUCUUGAGGCGCAGAAGCUGUCGAAGGAGCUUGAAGGGCUCGAUUUAGAGCGACUGCAACACAUGUUCCAAGACUCGGUGCAAGCAAAGGUAGUUGACAAGGGAAGCAUCGAGCCUCUAGAGGAUUACGACCUGUUGGAACAAUGUUCGGCUGAAGACAAGCAACGAUGGAAAAAUCUUGGCUUUGAAGCAAUCAGUCAAGGACAAGUGUGUGCUUUGGUGCUGAGUGGCGGUCAAGGUACUCGACUUGGCUUUGCAGGUGCUAAAGGCAUGUACGACAUCGGUCUACCGUCGAAGAAGAGUCUCUUCCAGUUGUUCGCUGAGAGGCUUUUGGCUCUGGAACAUCUAGCAGCAGAGCAGUUCCCGGCACGUCUUCGAAGUGAGAUCGAGAUUCCAUUCCUCGUGAUGACCAGCCAGAUGAAUCACGACACGACGGUCGAGUUCUUUCGGAAGCAUGACUUUUUUGGACUAAACGAGUCGCAGAUGUUUUUCUUUCCACAAGGUACUUUGCCGUGCUUUACGACGGAUGGAAAGCUGAUUCUGGAGAAUGCGCACAAGCUGGCGACAGCGUCAGACGGUAAUGGUGGCGUGUACAAAGCGCUCGAGUCGAGUAAAGCGCUUGCUCAGCUGCAAACGCGCGGUGUGAAGUACUUGCAUGUCUUCUCUGUGGAUAAUGCAUUGUGCAAGGCAGCCGACCCGACUUUUAUUGGGUACUGCAUUGAUAAGCGAGCAGAUUGCGGUAACAAAGUGGUUUGGAAGACGCGACCUGAUGACUGCGUCGGUGUCCUAGCAAAAAGAAACGAUCGGUUCUGUGUCGUUGAGUACUCGGAGAUCGACCGUGAAAUGUCUGAGCGUGUGGAUUCUGACACAGGCAAGUUGGUAUUCGGAGCAGCCAACAUUUGCAAUCACUUCUUCACGAUUGAUUUCUUGGUGCGCAUGGUGCUCCCAGCGUCGAAUUCUGAGUACCACGUGGCUUACAAGAAAGUUCCGAUGGCUGACGAUACCGGAGCAACGUAUAUACCUACGAGCAACUCGGGCAUCAAGCUGGAAUCUUUCAUCUUUGAUGUCUUCCCGUUAUCAUCACGAAUGGCGGUUCUUUCAGCACCUCGAGAGACGGAGUUCGCGCCGGUUAAGAAUCCUCCAGGAAACCCCAUUGAUUCGCCUGACAGCGCGCGUCAAAUGAUGCACAAUGAAGGAAAAGAAUGGCUAUUCGCAGCGGCUACCAAAACUCUACCUGCCACCGAGGCCGAUAGGUUUGUGCGUGAGGUGUUGGACAAAUCUGAGUACAUCGAGAUUUCACCAUUGGUAUCAUACAGCGGUGAAGGGUUAGAGGCGCGUUUAAAAUCCCUGAUGGAGGGUCCACCUCAGAAGAUCAUUCGAUUGGAGUUGAAUUCGGUUCCGUGA